AUUCGCUGUUGGACGAGCAUCAUUAACUGAGGGAAAUGAGCUUUCGCGCUGUCCUCAUUGCUGCUACUGCUUCACUUGCUGCGGGUGUUUUGGGCCAAGUCAUCGGACACAACCAGGUUCGGCCAUUUCUGGAGCCAGAGCCCGUCACCUUUUCUCAAAAGGCAGCCGUAAAAUACAAGCCCCAACUUAAGAUCGAGGACGGGUGCCAUCCGUACCCUGCUGUCCAGAAGGACGGCUCUAUCAGCGGUGGACUCAAGUGGAGUGGGCCCCAGGAUGGCGAAUGUACAGGAUCGAAGCUGGGUUCUCAGAUCUACGCUCGUUCGAAGUGGGUAAACGAUGUUUGGGCAAUUAUGUACGCAUGGUAUUUUCCGAAAGGCCGAGGGGCAGUGCCUGCACCGCUCAUUCUUCGGCUCUUUGGCCACCGCCACAACUGGGAGUACGCCAUCGUCUGGAUCGACAACCCUGAGCUCGAAAAUUCCACCAUUCUAGGUGUGUCAAUAUCCGCAAGUAUCAGCUACGCAAGCGAGACGCCCCCUGAAGCAAACCAUGUGGAUGGCGAAAGCGUCAAGCUCGAAUACUACUAUAACCACCUUUUUGGCAGCACAUCGCUGCAGCUCACCGAAGAUACUGGUGAGUUUCAGGACCUCGUUACGUGGGAUCAGCUCACAAAGUUGGCGCGGUACUCUUUAAACAACACGGACUGGGACGAGACUCUGUUUAAUUUGGCAGGCCUCAAGAUGCCACUGAAGGACGGCGAGUUUGACGAGCUACUGAAUAAAGCCUGGCCAUUUUAG